GACGUGACAAGUGUCCAUCCUUUAAAAAUUGCAAUCAUUACUUGCGAACAGUUAUGUCCCGGAAGAAAAACGUCAAUAAAAAUGUGUCUAAAUCAACACGAUUUUAUUACAGCAGUAAGGAGGAACUUAUUGUUACAGCACAAGAUUCGAGUAAGACUAUUAAAAAACUCCAAGAGAAGCUCAAAAGAUCUGAUGAAUCAAAUUGA